CCAGGUGGAGUGAGUCUGAGACCAGCAGAUGAGCAGACUGAAGCUAAAAGAUCCCAACGAAAGGAUGAGUGAAAGGGCCGUGCAGAACUGGAACUCAGGCCACUGGCUGCUGGCACUGUGCCUGACGUGGCUGUGGACCCUCCUGGCCUCUGCUUCCUCGCAGCCCCCCACUGCCACAGUCCUUGUAAAGCAGGGCACCUGUGAGGUGAUCGCUGCUCACCGCUGCUGCAACAGGAACCGCAUCRAGGAGCGCUCCCAGACCGUAAAAUGCUCCUGCUUUUCCGGCCAGGUGGCUGGCACUACGCGGGCAAAGCCCUCCUGUGUGGAUGCCUCUAUCAUCCUGCAGAGGUGGUGGUGUCAGAUGGAGCCCUGCCUGCCAGGGGAGGAGUGUAAGGUGCUCCCGGACCUGUCAGGAUGGAGCUGCAGCAGUGGACACAAAGUCAAAACCACUAAGGUCACACGAUAGCUCUUAGGGAUCACAGUUGGGACAGGAGAAGCUUGAUUGAGCCUUGGACUGAAGAAUGGCAUCCAGUCAUCACCCAGCAAAUUUAGAGAUUAGCUCACCUGGACUCAUGCUCCAUGUCAAAUUCAGCAUUA